UGCUUCUUGAGCCCGCAGCAGCCAGCCUACUGAGCCGGGUGUUUUUUCGGGCGAACGUGUGAGAGACGUACGACACUCGCCAAGCCGAUGCCGUCUGUUCGCCGCCCCUUCGGAAACGGCUUCACGAUGGAGUAAAAAAGGGCCCCGCCUGCGCGACCGGCAACAUGCUGACCGCGGUGGCCCUCUGCUUGCUAGCUGUCGCCGGCGCCUGCUCGGCGGACGGGAGCGUCGGUUGCUCCUUCGUUGAGACACUAUGCGAAGAGGAGGAAUUCUGCUACGACGACGGUCUGUUCGGCCGCUGCGAAAGCGUGUCCCGCCUGGGCGCGGCCGACCUGUGGCGCCCCGAGCUGGACGCGAGCGGCGCCAAGCUGCUGGAGUCCGAGCUGGAGCGCCUCUUUGAGCAGGGCUACCGCUGGCACCACGUGUACAGCCAGUGUGUGGUGCGCUCGGCCCUCUCCGCCAUUCGCCACGGACGACUGUACGACCCGGGAUUCUGCGCACGGACGCUGCGCAGCACACUGCCCAUCGUGUCCGACGAAAUAGCAAUGGAGCUCGAGCACCUGAGCCCAGAUGACUUGGCCUUCAUCAAGUUCACGCCGAACAGCGACCUGAAAGAAGGUGCCACGCCUCAGUUCGCCGACGAGGUGUACUUCCCUCCUCUGGACAGUCCGGCCGUUCAGGGCGCCUUCCUCACGUCCGGAGAAGUUCUGACCAGCGCGGAGGACAAGGCAGACGCAGCAGCCGCCGCUGCCGCCUCUCUCGCUGUCCUCAAGGACGCCCUCAAAGCCCAGGCAAUGAAGAGAAAGGCCAAGAGCGCGGAGGUGGCCAAGGACGACUCGAACGAGACUGGUGACGCUUUCGCGGAGAGCGAGGACGUUGAGGGCGUGCUCAACUACCUGCGCCAAGUGGCUCAAGACACGGCAUCGUUGCUGGACGAAAAUAAGGACCGCUACGACGUCUUCAUACCACCAGAUGUUCCCGUCGUGGAGACAGAGCUGUCGUCCGAUCUAAACCAGCGGCCAAUCUUCACCGAAGAAGGCAUCAAGUGGGUACCGCUUCGUCGAGGAGACGAAGCACGCGCCCCAGCGGAGACCGUCGGGGAGCCGGCUCAAGCGGCCACCGCCCCGGCCGCUUCGGCGUUGCCUGACGCGGAAGGCCGCGAACUGAGUCGUGCGCUGGACGAGGCGACGUCGUCGGAUGACUCCUCCUCCGCUACUUCGUCACGGAAUGGCGGCGGCGGCAGCAGCUCGGCCGGCAUCGCCGCCUCGGGCACCGACGCGUCUUCUUCGUCCGCUGCGCUGGACAGGCCACCGGCUCCGUGGGAGUCCAAGCCGCACGGCUGGACCGACAGCCACGAGGACGCACUCAGGCUCGACGGUUGGAUGGAGUUCCCGAAAGAGACGCUCUAUCCUACGGGAGCUUACGAAGGCGAUGAGCUCCUCGACAUCGGUGUGCGCCAAGACCCGGCGUUCCGGCGUCCCAUGCGCUACGACACCAAAAAGCCGGGACCGACCUACUUCUACCACGAGCCCGAUUCAUCAGAGACCUCGCUGGAAAACGUGGAGAACGUCCGCCGAAUAAUGAUGGCGCAGCAGCAGCGCAACAAGCUGCGCUUCGGGACUCAGGACGACGUCGGACAGGAGGACGCCGUGCUGGACCACCUCAAGGAAGUCGGUCAAGCGAAUGGCAAGCGCCAUGGUCUGCCCCCGACUGGCUCCAAGGAGAUGCUGGAGCACAGCUACCGGGGAGCACUCGAAGCCGGACCCACACCCGACGGUUUCUACUCAGCGCUGGACUCCAGCAGCGCAUACGUCGUCCUCAACGAGGCCCCUUCGUCGCAAGACGAUGCCGACAGACUUGUGUCUGCUCUACAGAAAGCACUUCUGCUGCCGUCUGGUACCUUUUCUAACGUUCGCUUGGAAGGCAACCGGGUGAGCUUCAAGGUGAAUCCCAACUCCCAGAACCUCAACGCCACAACCGUGGCUGCCAAAGCAGAGAGCCUGGCUGACGUGCUGCACCAGAACUACACCAUUGUGGCGGCAGGCGUCGUCGGAGAGGCACAGCUGGAACUUGUGCGUCCCAGUGAUGGUCGGAUGCUGGUGGCAACGCUGGUGGCCUGCGGAACCGUGCUUGUGCUGGUGGUCGCCGGAUCCGUGGCGUACCUGGUGCGUCGCGCCAGCCUGCGAUCCAAGGAGAAGUUGCAUGGACUCGCGCAGCCGGACACCGAGCCAAGCCAAGACUAUCAGGACCUGUGCCGCCAGCGCAUGGCCGCCAAGAGCCACGAGAGCGCCGAGCCCGUGCACGUGGCUACGCAGUCGCCCAAGCGAGUCAGCAGCCUGUCCCAGAGCGAGCCGUCGCAGCCCGGCUCCAGGUCGUCCACGUCAUCCUGGAGCGAGGAACCGGUGACGUCUAACCUGGACAUUUCCACUGGACACAUGAUCUUGUCUUACAUGGAGGACCACCUCAAGUGCAAGGACCGGCUCGACCGGGAGUGGGAAGCGCUGUGCGCCUACGAGGCGGACCCCUGCUCCACGGCGGUAGCCUCGCUGCCUGCCAACAUGAAGAAGAACCGCUACCCAGACGUCCUCACCUACGACCAUUCACGGGUGAUUCUCAACGACGUCUCCAACGCGAACGGCUCUGAUUACAUCAACGCCAGCACAAUCACGGACCACGACCCACGAAACCCGGCGUACAUCGCCAGUCAAGGUCCCCUGCCUCACACAACGGCUGAUUUUUGGCAGAUGAUCUGGGAACAAGGCAGCGUUGUGAUCGUGAUGCUGAGUCGCCUGAUGGAGAACGGGGUCGCCAUGUGCCAUCGCUAUUGGCCCGAGGAAGGGAGCGAAGUCUACCACACCUACGAGGUGCACCUCGUCUCCGAACACAUCUGGUGCGACGACUACCUGGUGCGCAGCUUCUACCUCAAGAACCUCAAGACCAGCGAGACCCGGACAGUCACACAGUUUCAUUUCCUUUCGUGGCCAGACAACGGUAUCCCGGCUUCCAUCAAGGCUAUCCUGGAGUUUCGAAGGAAGGUGAACAAGUCCUAUCGUGGACGCUCGUGCCCCAUUGUCGUUCACUGCAGUGACGGCAUCGGAAGAACGGGAACCUACUGCUUGAUCGACAUGGUCCUCAACAGAAUGGCUAAAGGAGCAAAGGAAAUCGACAUCGCAGCCACUCUGGAGCACAUGCGCGACCAGCGAGCCGGUAUGGUAAAAACCAAGGCCCAGUUUGAAUUCGUCCUGAUGGCCAUAGCCGAAGAAGUGCACGCCAUUUUGAAGGCGCUCUCGCACUGAGACGCCUGGCGCCACCCUGGCACGCACGAGGCCCGGCACCAGCCGAUUCCGCACCAGUCGUAGACGAUCACCUGACUCGUUGCAAGCCUGGCGAGGUGCUUCCCCUCAUCGACUGAAGGACGAAUGCCGAUGCGCUGAUUUGAUAGGCGUGUCUUUGUCUGCUUCCUUGUAUUUCUGCUCUGUUCGUGGUUUCUGGGUUUAGCGACGGCGCUGCUGUGAAGUGAUCUUUGGUUGUAUUUCUCUCUGUCGUACGCUGGUCCCUGUUCUGCGAUCGCAGAGUACGGUACAGUGUCAUGUGGCUAUCAUUUGUGUCAUCUGCUCUUCUUAUUCCUCUUUCAUUUUGUACUACGUUACUAGCGUGAACGAGGCUUGAUCACCAGUUCAGAGCUAACGACUAAAUAUUCGCGCAUGUUUAGAAUAACUGGAAACUUGAAGAACAUGUGAGUCGUCUGCAAGUUAAAUUAGCAAAUUUCGGAUUAUCGCAACUUACGUUGUCACGCUGCGCCCACCGUCGGCGUGAGAGAAAUAGCAGUGGCUCACUGAAAGACCACUUAACAAAGUCUAUAUGUGAUGUGGAAAGUUUUUUAUUCAAAAUGCUUCCCAAUGCGGGUGUCUUUUUGAAGCUCCAAAGUAUUUGCGUGCGAAAGAUCGUUUAAAGGCCUUGUCCACAAUAUGACCUGCUUCGAUGCCUUGUUUGAUCAAUCUGAAACAUUAGUUACACUCAGUCACGAACGAACACACUGUCAUGAACCCACAACGUCGUCUCUGACGCCCCUAUUCACGCUAGGCACGCCAAAAAGCUCUCCAUACGCGGGGCCACUUGCCUAACCACUGCGGCUGUGGACCUAACUUGGUUGACGCCGCAAUAUUGGGCAAAUAUCCUAUUUGUUCAUUUUCUUGUUUCUUCUCUCUCUCUCUCUCUCUCUCUCUCUCUCUCGCUAUUCCCAACUUUGUGAAGUUGGACUUGGUGCUCAGGGCACAAAUUUAUCUCUUUGCACGAGUAAUUUUUCUCACUUUGUGCCGCUAUAUCUUUCUGACUUUCGAAAGCACGCUGUAUUGCGAGAAAACUUUCAUUUACGCCCACCUAUACCCUCGCCUUGAGAGGCAGACAAAGUUGUACGAACGUUGCGAGAACAAAAAUAGACGAACGCUACGCCGCGGAAGGUCCGACACACAGGCAGGUCGGUCGGUGCUCGCCGAUAUGGAUGGUGUCCAAAUCCACGCCCAAAAUGGUGGCGCCCUCUGGAUUAAAAUUGCUAAUCUUAAAGGAUAUUCUUUCGCUGGUUGCAUGCGGUGGAAGAUAUUGCGGAAGCGAUAAACACGUCACAGGUGUUGGUUUCUGGACACCACUUAUUCGAGAAGGCCUCCGGGACUCGCGAACGAGUGUGUAUACUGAUGGCGUCGAAUCGGGAGAAGCUAGCCAGCGCAGCGAGUUUCAGCCGCCAACUUCGCGUCUCCUUUCCCCUUCUACAUAUUCUUUUCUUUCUCCCCCACGCAGCGGACGUCCGCAUUUGAACAAUCGCGACAUGUGUGUGUAUAUGUCAAGAAGGGAACUAGAGGCAGCCGCUCGGGGAACGCCCGCCGCAUCAGCCGAUGUUGUAGUGUGAGCGCCUUCAUGCACACGAAUAUUUCGCCGUGGCGCGAUUCUUCUGCGUAUGCAGUCCACCUGUGUUCACCUUUUCGAAGGAGUCGACCAAGCGUUCAUUGAUGCAAGGCGGGCGCAUCAUCGUAUGUAGUGCAGGUGUGUAACCUCCUUACCCAAAGCCAAGCCUUCCCUCCCGACCGUUUGUUUUUCCUCUCUCUUGAUCUCGCACUUUCCCCCUGUUCCACUACUAGCCAAAUUUACGUAGCUUGAUAACUGGAUAUGUUUGUAUUCGUAUUGCACAACAACCGACCAACAAAAAACAACAAAAACAACAAAAAAAAAACAUGAAUGCUGUAAACAUGUAUGUCUGUAGUGUCGUACACAAAGCUAUACAUAGUGUUGCGUGUACAAACCCAGCUCUUUCGGAGCGUUUCCAGGAGUCGUUGUAAAUGUCUCAUGAUUACUAAGUAUUCAAUUUCCCAUGCUUGAAGGAAAGAAAAAAAAAACAGUAGGACACUGACAUAAAUGUACGUAACGCAUAUAUAUGCUGAUGUACAAACUAUUUUGGAGCACCCUUGUGAAAAAGAAAAAAAAAAGAUUGACUAUAUUUUUGGCCUCCUCCGGGGUCUUGUCGGGUGUGUAACUCGUCAUGCCUCUGUUAGUGCUGCUGUGUGCACGUGAGUGCUUCUGUUGAAAAAAAAAAAGAAACACAAGUUGUGUUUUCAUUCCCAAAGUCUCGUGCGGAGUUUGACACUGCACGUGAGGAGCAAGGUGAACAUGUGAUACAGAGUUUUAUCGAGCGUUGUCAUUCUGGAACGUAGCUUGUAGUAGUACUUGCGGGGUUACAUAGAGAGAUAUCUAAGAUAUUGUGAAAGUUGAGAGGUUUCUGAGAGAGUUGAAAUGGAGGAUAGUGAUUUAGGCACGCGAGGACGUAUAAACAAAUGCAUUCAAAUAAUUCCCCUAAGAAUCCGACCACGCAGUGCCAAUGAAGUUAUUGCUGUCCAAACAAUGCAACGGAAGAAGACUGUGCGUUAAUAACGUAACGUAAAAUAACGUAAACAGAAGUAUAUGAAAUACAAAAGGCAUUGUAGUCAGUUCAGCAUCUCACCAGGUUUCUUGAGCUGAUGUUUAGACAUGAAUGCUUAGCUUAAAAAUGUAAGCAACUUGAAAGGCUCUUCCUUCUACUUGAAAGGCGCCCUCGGUGACGACAGUCGCAGAUCAAUAAUUGAAUUGUAAUCGCAGGCUACCAUUGCAAGUGAUGAACUCUUGUGAGAACAUUUGAUUCAACCGAAUGUUGAUAUGCAUAACGUUAUGCACAAAUGUAAAAUUUAUAAGCUCUGUUGGACUUAAGAAAACGCAUCGCAAGGUUGCCACUGGGCGUUCGAGACGUCUUCCCUUGGAUACGAAAACGGGUUAAAGUUUGCUUCACUUGUUCAGUUGUUGAAUGCACUUCUUAAGCACGUCACCUUGAAUGUCACAUAAACCAGUUUAUAUUUACCUCAAGAUUACUAUACUCACGAAGCGGGCAGCGAGCCGAAGUCAGAUAUCUUUUGUUUCCUAAUUUUACUCGCGCAACAUAACGAACAAAGUUUGUUUCAUUGCAGGUGCAUUUACAUACUUUCAGCAUCUCGCAGCAUAUAAGCAGGCAAGAAGCUUAGUCAUGCCACAGCUUCCGUCACAGAUCGUCUCGACAACGUUUCUUUUCGUGCGACAGCACUGCAUUGUCGUCGAUCUACUGAAGGAAGUUAAGGUUUUUGUCCUAAAGAAGAACGGCAUAUGAACAGCUGAACGAGGUCUGGGCAAGUGCCAACGUCUUUUCAACAGCGCAGUUGACGGUUAUUCGUUGACGUGUUAGCUAACACUAUAGUUUGACACGUUUCCACAGUCUUAUUAUUUGUUCCCGGCCAUGAAAGACUAAAACGGCAACCUACUUAGAGCCUUGAUAGAAAAAUGAAACUAGGCACCGACGCCACGUCGACAUCGUGCAACCUUAAUCGGUCUAGUCGGUCCAUAUACUUGCACUCGCUUCCUGUGCCUACGGCCACCGUCACACUUCACCUCGUAGCUUGUGGAGCCAUGUAAUGUAACACUACCACGCUAUCAUAGCAGGGCCGUAAUGUGACACUUCCACGCUAGCAUAGCAGGGCCGUGUCAGCCAAGUACUUCUGUUUCUAAAACGUAUGGCCACGCUUGCUUCGGUGAUGCCGCGAUGCCACCAACUCGAGGAGACCUCCGUCAAUAGAGGAAAACAAAAUCGGGGUACGUGAAGUCUGACGGUGGCUGUAGGCAUGAUCUCUCACUGCGAAUCGGGCCCAACAUAAUCAAAACGAAAUGCUUCAGUUCGCACAGUAGAGCGUGAAUUUAAAAAUGUAAUAAUAAAAACUAAACUGUGUGCAAUGACGAAUCCGACACUUGUUCCAUCGUAGCACUGUCGAAACGUCCUCCCCCAUAGACCCUCCACAUAUUAUCCUUCAAUAAAAACUAACGUCAUAAGC